CAAAGCAAUCAAUUCCUCUACACUUGUCAGACUAAAAUUCGUUUUUGAACGUUCAAAAUUUCUCGUACAUUAACGAUGCCAAAAACAUCGCAUCGCAUCCAUUUAACUGAAUCUGAAGAGAAUGCUCUAUCGGCUAGAGGGUACGAAUUAUCAACUAAACUGGGAGAAGGGGCCUAUGCUAAGGUCUACGUCAGUGUAUACAAACGGAGCGCAGAAACACUAAAAUUAGCAUGCAAAAUAAUCGACGAACGAAAAACGACCAAAUCCUACGUGGGUAAAUUUUUGCCACGAGAACUGGACUGUCUGAUGAAAUUGAAACAUCCGCACAUUGUUCAUGUUCACAGCAUUUUUCGACGCAAUUUCAAAUAUUUCAUUUUUAUGCGCUACGCCGAAAAUGGAGAUCUGAUGGACUUUAUUGUACAAUUCGGUGCCUUAACUGAGGUACAAGCAAGAUUCUGGGCACGACAAAUCAGCUUAGCCGUUCAAUAUUUGCACACUCUUGGCAUUACUCACCGAGACAUAAAAUGCGAAAACGUCCUGAUAACGAACAACAAUAAUGUCAAACUAACCGACUUUGGAUUUAGCAGGUACAUACUCGACGCAAAUUCGAAAGAAGUUCUGAGCGAAACCUAUUGCGGCUCAUUGUUGUACACUGCACCAGAGGUAUUAAGAGGUAUCCCGUAUGAGCCAACGAAAGCAGAUAUUUGGGCGCUAGGCGUUCUGAUAUUCACCAUGCUAAACAAAUGUGUUCCGUUCGAUAACAGCAAUGUAACAAUUUUGUAUCAACAUCAAAUCAAACGAAGAUACAAAUUUCGAGAACGCGUUUGCGGUAGUGUGUCGAUCGAAGUGAAAAAGUUAAUACGAAAUUUACUGGAGCCAAUACCGAAAAGGCGAUUGAAUAUUCAUGAAGUGGUCGACAAUCCGUGGUACGAAAUGGACCCGAGAUUUGCAAAACUCAGUGACAGCGAAGCUGCAGCACUUGAAGAAGCAAGGAAAACAGACAUGCGGGCUAUGAAAUCGAAUGUUAUUGAAGGUGAUAUGAAUGAUGCGUUGGGAGAAAUCGAAAAAGAUAUCGAAUUAAAUACGGAUGAAGUUAGUGAAAAACUUGCAGAGGUAAAUGCCGAGGAAAAGCCCAAGAAACCAAGUGCAAGUAAAGAAUGAUAAAAUGAAGAAAGACCAAUGGUUCGAGUCAGGAUUCAUCUGACACUUUUCUUUGUAACUUUCUUGCGUUAAAUUCGAUACAAAAAUGUAUUUAUUAGGACAAUCU